AUGCGUCCGUUGCUGUCCUCCUUUGCCUGUUUAUGGAACGACCCACCUAACGUCCGCAUAGCGGUCGACCUAUAUCGCUCGCACAUCGUUACGCCCCUUGAAGCUUCUGUCGUCGAGGACGAUGAUGCGUUAUUUCUUGGUCAACGCAAGCCGCACCACAUAAUCCUGUAUCGGAACCAAUACCGCUCCCAAAUAUUCUCCAAGGCCUACUUCUUUCGAAUCAGGUUUGAACGCUCCCUUUCGCCAUCGUUCAAGCGCAUGCAGUGCAUUGGGGCCGAAUUAAAGGAAGAAGAUCUUGUCAGCUCCGAUCUAUCUUCAAGGUUCAACGAAUACGACGAGUCGUUGACCGCCUCCGCCCUCAUUCUCCGCGGGCCCCCACUCAACACCCGCACCCAGCUUGAGCUCCGCCGAUCACACAUCGUUGUGCCCCUUCAAGCCUCUGUCGUCGGCGGUCGGAAACGAUCCUCGAUUCUCACAACGUCGUCUUUCUUUCGUGAUACUCAUCUCGAAGUCGACACCAACAUAGGAAUUUUAGGUGCUAGCUUCGUGCCCGAGUCAGAUGGGCGCUCGCGAUGGCAAAUCGGCAGUCUACCUCGGCCUCAGAACUGCGAUCCCCGUGGCAGGGCGAACCACGCUGUCUGUUGUUCGGAGGGUCAUCGAUGGUCAUCGCCAACGUGUACCGCACUAUAUACCGAACGGCUUGGAGGAGAAGGUUUGGUACCAGUCAAAACGGCCAGCUCGAAAGCGAGUCCAACACUUCUGCUCAGAGAACCACCCGCUGUUGUCUACCAAUCAUCCUUUACCCCCGACGCCUGCCCACCGUCGCCGUCGCCGUCAUCGGGCGGCUAUGUGCGAAGUUGGAACUAUUUUCGGUUCCUCAUCCUUCUCUCCACAUGGAAAAAGGUUCGCACCGCCUCAGGCUGCCUAACACCGCCAGAACAACCACCUUCCUUGUCCUGUAACACGAUCGAAGAACUUCCCCAGGGCACGACGAGGCGGUGUUAUAACGGAUUCUCGAAUUCUUCGUACGAGUAUCUCACUUGA